AUGGGCGUGCAAAAGCGAUUGUCGAAGAUCGGUGGUAAGCGCAGUGCGGCCGGCCGCACAACUUGUGCAGCCGGCCGCAAAGGCCGCUGUUCAGGCAUGAACUGUGUCGAUACCGUUGCCACUCGAAAGAGAACGGCGAUAGGUGUCUACACAUUUUCUGAUUACCACGUAAAUUUUGAGAUCAGCACUGUUUGGACUUACACUCAUAUCAUCAUCAAAAGGAAGAAUAGAUCUUUGGUAUGGUUCAUUCUUAAUUUUGGCCUUGGAAUCGCUUGGUCCGCCGUCAAACGGCAAAUCACUUGCUACAAACUUCUUCAAACUCUCUGCGAUGAGUACUUCAAGCUACAAAGGAAAUGGAUCCAGACGAAAUUGACGUCGAAGUUUCAUUUUCGGAAUCAACAUGAUCUUCUUCUACAUGACGAUCGCUCGUUCUGGUUCAUAAUUCACAGCUUAAAGUUAGCAAAAUCUGAAGAAGUCUCUAAAGUAGCAAGAGUAGAACCUCGGACGGAUGCAACUGUCCGAAAUUUAUCUGGUGAAUCCACACGGAGUCGAAGCGAUAAGGAAGAUGCAGAUAUAUCCACUGUUAUUCAAACAACCGACGACGAUGAGGUUUCUGUAGAAUUUCCAGCCGACAUGAAACCUCAAAAAUUCUCUGGGGUUUCUCGACAAGAAUUUCAAGAAGAGAAAAAAGUCGCACGUAUGUACCAACCUUCACCGACUGUCUCCACUGGAGCAGCACAAAUCGGAAGUCAGAAAGAAUAUAUGGAUACAUCCGUAGAUAGUCAAAUAUCCGACGACGAUGAGGUUUCUGUAGAAUUUCCAGUCCACAUGAAAUUUCAAGAAAUCUGCGGGGUCCCCCCACAUGAAGCUCAAAAAGAGAAAAAAAUUGCGCCCAUGUAUCAACCUGCUGAGAGUGUCUCCAGUGAAGCAGCACAAAUCGGAGGUCAGAAAAGACACACGGAUAUAUCCGCUGAUAGUCAAUCAUACGACGACGAUGAGGUUUCUGUAGAAUUUCCAGAGAACACGGUGCCAAGGAAAGAACAAUCCUCUUCGACACAGCAACUGGCACUCCAACAUUGGGAAGCAGAGCCCUGGAGUGCGACCAGCAGUGCGGAUGAAGUCAAUGUGGAAAUUAUAGAUUCAGAGGAAAGAGGGGAAAUUCCCAGAUUUACUGGUCGAGAAGCUCGUGUAGAAAAGGUAACUUCACCUGUGUAUCGAGGAACCCAGAACGUCGUCGGAACAGCGCAAAACCGAAUUCAGGAGGACACAGAUAUAUCCACUCAGAUAUCCGACGAUGAUGAAGUUUCGGUAGAAUUUCCAGUGAAGUUGGAACUUCAAGAUGUAGUUAGGGUGACUGGAUCAGAAGCUCAAAGUGGAAAAGAAAACAUACCUGUGUUUCGACCUUCCCAGCAUCCCGUCAUAGGAAUUCGAAAAGAGGUCAUGCCCGUAUCUUUUAAUAGUCAAACAUCGGACGACGAUGAGGUGUGUGUAGAAUUUCCAAUGGAAAUGGAUCCUCAGCAAACUCCUAGCAUGACUGGACAAGGAGUUCGGAUAGAGAGAGAAAACGCGCUCAUAUAUCUACCUUUCCAGUAUGUGCCCCUUGAAAAUCGAAAGGAAGACAUGGGCGUGUUCUUCGGUAGUCAAAUAUCCGACGACGAUGAGGUGUCUGUAGAAUUACCCACGACCACGAACAGCAGAUCACCUGUCACUCGUUUCUUCAAAUGUUCUGUAAUGAGGACUAAAGAAAUGGAUUCUGACGAAACUGAUGUUGAAGUUUCAUUUUCGGAAAAGAGUGAACAAUCGAAAAAAGAAAAUCCUGUACAAAAUACUGAAAAGCAAAUCAGUAAUGUUGCAAGUCAGAAAAAGGAGAAGGAACCUCAAGAAACCCCUAAAGAACCAAAAGAAGAAGGUCGAAAAGAGAAACAAGAAAUAGCACCUGCGAAGCGUCCUGCCCAGGACGUCCCCGUUAAAACCCCCGAAAACCAAAGUGAAAAGGAAGACCCUGACACAGUUCCCUCUGAAGAACCAAUAUCUGACGAAAAUGAAGUUUCUGUAGAAAUUCCAGUGCAGAAGGAAUUAAAACCUCAACCGAAAUCGGUACCAGUAGUUCCUCGACAGAAAUCGCUACAACAAGAUCCAGUUGAGGCCCCGAAGAGUUAUCAACCUCCCCGGACACAACAAGUAGUGCCAGCAGAGUCUCAAAAACAGCCAAAAACAACCACUGCGUCCAUUGACCCAGAUGAGAUCGCGGUGGAAAUUGCGAGUUCAGAGACAAUCUCAUCACCCAGGGAUUCUGCUGGUUCUCCUUCACCACAAUUGAAACUGCAGCGUGCUGGAAAGACGUCAAUUCAAAAACUAAAAGAAUUUUUCACACAAGUAGUUCAGCAAAAACCUUAUAGUAACGUCGCUCCUGAGCAUGAAGGCAAGAUUAAACACGAUAAAGAAGAACGGCAGCAGCAAAAAGAAGGGAAGAAAGAGAAUGAUGAAGAUGAUGAUGAUGACGACAGUGACGAGGAUUCGGACACAGAAUGA